UUACGGCAGGAUGGAAGAGAUGCUGCCUGGUUUCUUAAAGCAAGUGCUCUUCAGCCUGUGGAAUAAUCCCUUGCUUGCACACAAGAUUGGCAGCCGCAUCAAGGAGCUAAACCAGCGACUGGAUGACAUCCAUAACGAGUCUGCUAAGUUCAACUUCAUUACCAACCUCGGUUCCAUGAAGCCCACUAACGCUGAAUUACACUCCAGCGCCCAGAAGAUGACAUCAGAGUUCAAUGAAUCGGACAUCGUUGGUGAGAAGAUCGAGAAGGAUACAAAGGAGCUUGUCCAGGUGCUGAUCACCCAUGAAAACCACAGCAUCAAGGUGGUGUCCAUCGUGGGCAUGGGCGGCAUGGGAAAGACCACCCUUGCCCAGAAGAUCUUCAAAGAGACAACCAUCCAAGAGCAUUUCAAAAUGAAGAUAUGGCUAAGCAUCACCCAGCACUUCGACGAUGCUGAUCUGUUGAGGACAGCAAUCAAGCAUGCAGAGGGACACCAUGAUGAGAGGCAAGAAAAGUCGCUCCUCACGCGGACCCUCACCAACAUCCUGUCCACGGGCAAGUUUCUCUUGGUCAUGGAUGAUGUGUGGAGUGAGAAUGCAUGGAACGAUGUGCUUAAUGUCCCAAUCAUGAAUGCUAGCCAUAAUCAACCGGGGAGCCGGGUCCUAAUCACUACAAGAAAAGAAGACCUGGCUCAACGGAUGCGAGCCUCCUUCCACCAGCACCACGUCAGCCCACUCGACGAAGAGGACGCUUGGUCCUUGCUCAAGAAACAGCUGCCACCGCCGUCUGAUCAGGUAGAUCAGCUGAAAGAUGUUGGGAUGAAAAUUAUCAGAAAAUGUGGUGGUUUACCGCUUGCUAUCAAAGUGAUGGGAGGAAUGUUAAGCACGAAAUACCAAAGCGAGCGUGAGUGGGUGGCUGUUUUGAACAAUCCUGCAUGGUCAGUGGCCGGAUUGCCUAAGGACCUGGACAAUCGGCUCUACUUGAGCUAUCAGGACUUGUCUCCCCAGCUCAAGCAGUGCUUCCUAUACUGCUCACUUUUCCCAAAAGGUACAAGUAUUUGGCAGCAUCAAGUUAUUCCCAUGUGGAUCAGUGAGGGAUUCAUCCAACCUCAACCUCAGGAAGAUGACCGACUCGAAGAAGUAGCAACCGAGUGCUACCGGGAGCUAAUCACGAGGAAUCUUAUAGAACCUACACCUAGAGCAUCUACCACUGGAUACGAAUGCACCAUGCACGAUGUCGUCCGCUCCUUUGCUGAAUUUAUGGCUAGAGAAGAAUCACUGGUGGUGGUUCAAAGAUGAACAAGCUGCUGCUAUUGGUGGUAGUAGCCAUAGCCUUGUACGUCGUCUCUCUAUAGGAUCAACCAAAUCAGAACUAGAAUGGGACAUUCUACAAAAGCAAAAGUCAGUAAGAACAUUAAUUAUAAAUUGCAGAAUCAAAAUUAAACCUGGUGAUUCAUUGAGUAGUUUGUCUAGCCUAAGAGUACUU